AUGGCAGUGUCCAGUGCCCCUGGCAGGGCUCUCUACGAUGCCAUCGUGGUAGGGGCGGGGAUCCAGGGUUCCUUCACUGCUUACCACCUAGCCAAGCGGGAGAAAGAAGUUCUCUUGUUGGAACAGUUCCCCCUCCCUCACUCGCGAGGCAGCUCACAUGGGCAGACCCGCAUCAUCCGGAAAGUGUAUCCCGAGGACUUCUACACACGGAUGAUGGGCCAGUGCUACCAGCUAUGGGCACAGCUGGAACGUGAGGCGGGCAUCCAGCUGUGCAGGCAGACGGGGCUGCUGGUGCUGGGAAGAGCGGAGAACCCCGAGUUCCAGGCCUUGCGGGACUCCCUGGCCCAGCACGGGAUUACCCACCAGGCCCUGCCCCCUGAGGAGCUGCAGCGGCGCUUUCCUGGGAUCAGGGUGCCAGGGGGCGAAGAAGGGAUUUUGGAGCAGAGCGGGGGUGUGCUGUUUGCAGACAAAGCCCUUAGGGCCCUGCAGGAUGCCGUCCGACAGCUGGGAGGCGUGGUGCGUGACGGGGAGAAGGUGCUGGAGAUAGAGCCGGGGUUCCCGGUUACCGUGACAACAAGCUCCGGGACAUAUCACGCCAAGAACCUGGUGAUUACUGCAGGACCCUGGACCAAUCGCCUUCUCCUUCCCCUGGGACUCCAAUUGCCUCUUCAGACUCUUCGCAUCAAUGUGUGCUACUGGCGGGAGAAGGAACCUGGCACCUAUGGGGCAGCCAGUGGCUUUCCCUGCUUCAUAGGGGUGAACCUGGGCCCAGCUCCCCACCACAUCUACGGGCUGCCCGCAGGGGAGUACCCGGGGCUGGUGAAGGUCUGCUAUCACCAUGGCAAUGAGGAGGACCCCGAGGAGCCUGACUGUCCAUCGGUGACCUCUGACAUCCAGAUCCUCAGUGACUUUGUGAGGGACUACUUGCCCGGCCUGCAGCCCGAGCCUGCGGUGGUAGACCGCUGCAUGUACACGAACACUCCAGAUGGACACUUCAUCCUGGAUCGCCACCCAACUCAUCCCAACAUCAUCAUUGGAGCGGGAUUCUCCGGGCAUGGCUUCAAGCUGUCCCCACUGGUCGGGAAGUUCCUGUGUGAGCUCAGCCUGGGCAGGGAUCCAUCCCACGAUCUGGCACCAUUUCGGAUCUCCCGUUUCUGCGGCCUGGGCAAGGCCAGCCUGUGACUGCCCUGGGCAGAGCCGGCCCAGGACCCCUCUGGGCAGCUUCUCCUUGGCAGGUGGUUUCAACAUUGCCUGCCUCAAGGCAUGCCACCCAGUUUGUUGUCCUGGGAGAGUCCCCAAACCACCACUUUUCCCUGUUCUAAUUCUCUUCCCCCUUCUGAGAGAGAGAGAUCAAAGGACCCAGGGGACCCCAGACCAAAAGUUAGACUAUAGAAAGAACUUCCCAGAUGUCAGGUGAGGGAAACCUAGGAAUGAAACUGAGGGAAGUUGUGGGAUCUAGUAGAAGGAGCAUGGCCUAGUGGAUAGAACAUGGAACUGGGAGUUAAAAGGACCUAGGUUCUAAUCCCGACUCUGCUACUUGUCUG